CAACUUCACUCUUCCUUCCCGUUCAUACAUCAUCCAACGCAAAAUAUCACCUCCUCCCUACAUGACGUCGCAAAAAGCCAGAAAGGAAAUGACGAUCGAACAAGAAUCCGCCGUCGUCGUCGUCGUCGGAGCCGGGCCAUCGGGGCUUGCCACGUCUGCGUGUCUCAAGACCCUGUCGAUCCCCCACAUCCUCCUCGAACGGGAGGACUGCUUCGCCUCCAUAUGGAAGAAAUAUGCCUACGACCGCCUCCACCUCCACCUCGUCAAGCGGUUCUGCGAGCUCCCCCACAUGCACUUCCCCUCGGACUACCCCGAGUACGUGCCCAGGGACAAGUUCCUCCGCUACCUGGACGACUACGUGGCCCGCUUCGGCAUCGAGCCGGCCUACGGGAGGUCCGUAGAGUCGGCGGCCUACGACGAGGGGGCUGGGAAGUGGAGGGUCAACGCGAGGGAUGUGGGCUCCGGCGAGGUCGAGGAGUACCUGUGCCGGUUCCUGGUGGUGGCCACGGGCGAGACGAGUGACCCCUUUGUCCCGGAGGUGGAGGGAAUCGAGGGCUUCGCCGGGAAGGUGAUUCACUCGACCCUGUACAAGAAUGGGAAGGAGUUCAAUGGCAGCCGGGUCUUGGUGGUCGGGUCCGGGAAUUCCGGCAUGGAGAUCGCGCUGGACUUGGCUGACCACGGCGCAAGAACCUCCAUCAUAGUCCGGAGCCCGGUACAUGUGCUGUCGAGGAAGAUGGCGAAUCUGGGCCUGCGGUUGAUGAAGUAUUUCCCGCUUCACGUGGUGGACUCGUUGCUGGUGCUGCUGAGCAAGCUGGUCUACGGGGACAUGUCCAAGUACGGACUGAGGAGGCCCGCCGAGGGUCCUUUCUUCAUGAAGAAACAGUACGGCAAGUACCCCUUCAUCGACGUCGGCACUUGCCAGAAGAUUAAGUCCGGUGAGAUUCAGGUCCUACCGGCGUUGAAAAGGGUGGAAGGGAACGUGGUGGAGUUUGAAGACGGCAAGUCUCACCCGUUUGACGCCGUCAUCUUCUGCACCGGGUUCAAGCGAUCCACCAGCAAGUGGCUUAAGGGAGAUGAUUACCUGUUGAACAAAGAUGGGGUUGCGAAACCAAGUUAUCCAAAUCACUGGAAGGGGAAGAAGGGUUUGUACUGUGUCGGACUGGCGAGGUCAGGACUAUAUGGAUCUGCUUCGGAUGCCCAGAACGUUGCCGAUGACAUCCAAUCCCAACUUUAGUUUCCCAUUUUUAUUAUAACUGUUGAUGUUGUUUUUUGGAUUGAACUUUAUAUCAGCGCCCAUGUAAUAAGGCUUCGCUUGUUUC